AUGAGGAACUUUGACUGGCUCACAGUUUUUUUCCUCUGCAGCCUCAGUUGGAUCUCUGUUUCAGUUUCUGAUUCUCAGACGUUGGAGGUUCACUCUGGAGAAGAAGUCACACUAUUGUGCUCCAACUUUUCCAGUUCUCCCACACAAAUUAUCUGGUUCAGAGUGACCAAAGGAUCCAGAGUCCACUGCAUCACCUCUUUGUUCAAGCCUCAUGAACCUGCUUCAUUCUGUACUGGAUUUGAAAAUGGAAACUUUGAGAUGAGCACCAACAUAUCCACUGUCUUUCUCAAAAUCAAACAAGUGGAUUUAUUGGACUCUGGACUGUAUUUCUGUGGAUGGAAGUUCAGCAACAAUCCAGUGAUUGUUGAUGCAACAUAUUUAGUGGUCCAAGACAUGUUUGAAAGGUUUACCAGUGUGGUGAGUGUGAUCCUGGCUGUUCUGACUGUUCUCCUCAUCGCAGUCACUGUUUGUCUGGCUGUUAAAAUCAAAAAGCUGUAUAAAGCUCACGCUGAAGAACAGAAUCCCCAACAAGAAGAGAGGCAGAGCUCAGAACACCUGGACUAUGCAGCUAUGACAUUUCAUCCAAAAAGAGUAACUCACCACAGGCCUGCAUCAGACAGAGAAGUGGACCCAAAUGUCAUUUAUUCAUCCACUAGAUAG